CUGCAGGCUCUCGCGAUUGCUCGCGAUUUCGACGUGACUGGACGGUGACCUCGUCGGAGAAACGGAGGAGGUGUAUGUACCGUGCGUGCGUGCGCGCGAGCGAGCGAGUCACCACGUCGGAGUCGCCACAUCUCGUUUCCGAGGAACACGUCGGCGUCGAGAGAUGCGCGACGCGAGGGCAAUAAAAACGUACUCGGCGGACCUCGAUCGGUGAGACAGAUCGUUGUUUACGUCCCACUCCGAGCGUGUGUACUCUCGCGGGAUCGACCGCCAUAUAGGAAACCACCUUUUGCUCCUUCCGUGUGUGUUCUUCCAUGUCCUUCCUCCUCCCGCGACAGGCCGAGGAGAUACUUCCUAUCGUUCGCGGAUAUCGCUCGAGUGGCGCAACGCUGUGCAGAUUGCGAGAUACCGUUCGACGAGAGGGAGGUGCUCGGUUAUAAACGAUCCUGAAUACCCGGAGGAGAGAAGAGUAAUACCAUCGCCGCCGUUGCCGUCGACGAGACGCACGGCGCAGUGCAAAAGCGCGUCCGCCGAGAAUCUGGGAUUAUAUCCCUUCGGGGGAUUCGCGGGCGACGCUUCUGAACCAAAACUGUGAUGAUGAGGGACCGUCCAGCAAGUACUUAAUUCCUGUUACUGGACCGCUGGCCCAAUUACAGUGCGGAACAGUGACUUUGAUCAUUUCGACUGCGGAGUGCGGACCACGGGCCGCUAGGUAGUCUCUGGAAGUUCGAUACCCGACGAAUUGUGAACGCAUGGUACUGCUCCGAAACGGAAAUCCAAAGGGGAACACGAAGACGUUGCGGGAGGACGAGGGAGGAUUCGAAUGCGGGCGGGUGGAGGCUGCCUGUCGCGAUCAGAUUUCCGCGGAAGCGCGCGCGUGGCGACGAAGAUGUGACGCCGGCCGACGAGCGUUCCGCGACGUUUGAAUAAAAAGAAGAAAAAAGGAAAAAAAUGAUACGCGCAGCGAUUGUAGUUCUCGCCCUAAUCUCCAUCAGCGUAUCCGCCUACGAGCAUACCGCCGCGGAUCAGUGCGACUGGUCCGGAAGUGGCGGAGGCGAGGGCGGUGGUGUUCGACCGGUGUAUCUUCGCUGCACCCGGGGAACAGUGCUGUGGCGCUAUCCCCGUGACGCUCUGAGAGUGGUCCUCUCCUUCCCGGUCUCAUUCUUGGAGAACAAUUCUCUGGGUUACCUGGGUUUCCGUGCCUGCGUCAAGAUUUCCGGGCCCGUGCGGGUCUUCCUCGAAGCUGGCGGCAAGCUCAGGCAACUCUAUUCUCCGUCCGAUGGCAAGCACGAGCUUUCGCACCGAUGCUUCCGCUCGCAGAAACGCAUGACCGCGCUCUACAUGGAGGCGGAGGACGAUUACUCCUUCAAAAGCGCCAAGGUCAAGCUGCAAUAUGACCUGGAACCGAAUUCGGUGAAGGGGGGCACGCUACGCGUGCCGGACGAGGAAGAGGAAUGCAGGCCCUGCACCAUGGAGGAGCUCGCCAAGGCCUAUUGUCAGAGCGACCUGGUCGCCAAGGGUACCGUCACUGCCGUCGAACAGAAUCCCGAGAUGGAUACUGCCGAAUUGAUACUUAGGGCUACCAAGAUUCUGCGCUAUGUGGCCCAGGAAGCCGAGGGUAACGAAAUUGACAUAACAUCUUUCAAGAAGAACGUACGCGUGAGAGUACCAAUGGUGUGUGAUGCGCGACACGGCCUUGGCGAAUUUGUGAUAAUGGCCAAACGACGUCUUGGAGACCUCACCCUGGUAUGCGCGCCUAGACUGGAGGCGUGGAUGCAGAUUGUACGUGAAAUGGAUAACGCGCCCUGCGUCCUUCACAGUUAGCCAAUAACGAUUUAAGGUGAUGUUCGGAAAAUCAUAAAAAAAUGUACACACGAUGCGCAAUAGAUACAAGUACAGUCUUGCGUUACAAAAUUGAGAAUCAAUGCAAUUGUGCUGAUAGAGUAAUAGAAGCUGUAUACAAAACUGCCGGUUCUGCCGUUUGUACGAGGAUAUACCUUGUAUAGAGGGAAUUCUUUGUAUACAUACCGCGUACUGUCAGAUUGUCGAUCUCCAAACUGUGAUAUUAUUUGUUGUAUUAAGAAGAACAUGAAGGGUGCGCACGAAGAAACAGAAAGCACACUUGCCUUAAUACUUGUUCUAGAAAUUAAAAAAACCGUUAUAUAUAUAUACAUAUAUAUAUUAUAUACAUAGAAUAUCCCAGGCAACGCUCACUUUCCCUUGAAAAUUUUUCUUUCGCAAUUCUCAUUUCCUUCUUUUUUUUUUAACUUGAACUUAAAAUGCUUCAAUCAUCGCUUGUGCCCUAUCUCAGCAUUAUCCUGUUUCCAUUUUAUCAAGAAUUUCAAGAAUUCUCCUUUUGCCUUCAAUCUCUUUGUUUUUCUUUCAUUCAUUAAAAUUUAAAUCCUUUCAGUUUUUCUGUAAUUUAACCCACAAUUACCCUUCAUUUUUAGAAUUGACAAAGAAGCAAUAUUCUUUAUUAGCUAUUGCCAAGAGAAAGUGUGCAGUGAUUAGGAUACUAGGUACAUUGGAAUUUUAUUGGGCGAGUACAUCAACUCGCUGCAGAGUUAAGCAAUAUUUUGUUUAUAUUGAUUAUGAUUAUAACAAUUUUGUAUAGAUUUAAUAAAUAAAAGUAUUUUAUAUAAAUUUCAA